AUGAAGCUUUCUAGUACCGCCGCCCUUGUUGGUGCAUCUUUGCCUGGGGUUCUGGCGUGGGGAAGUUUGGGUCACAUCACGACCGCGUACAUCGCAAGCCACUUCGUCGCCAACACAACCGAAGCCUUCUUCCAAGAUUUGCUCCGCAACGAAACCGAACAUUACCUCGCCGGUGUCGCGACCUGGGCCGAUACCAUUCGUUACACCAGAUGGGGCCACUUCACGGGUCCCUUCCACUUCAUCGACGCCCAUGACAGCCCGCCCGAGUACUGCGGUCUCGACUUCGAAAGAGACUGCAAGGCCGAGGGUUGCGUUGUGACGGCGCUGGCGAACUACACCUCUCGAUCCCUCGACCCGAGCCUGAACGGCUGGGAACGCAACCAGGCCGCUCGCUUCGUCGUCCACUUCAUCGGCGACAUUCACCAGCCCCUGCACAACGAAGAUGUCGCGCGGGGCGGCAACGGCAUCCACGUGAAGUGGUACGGCACCGACUUCAACCUGCACCACGUCUGGGACAGCUCCAUCGCCGAAAAGCUGAUUGGGGGCGCUCGCCGCAGGCCCUACGACAACGCGAAGCGCUGGGCGGACGAGCUGACGGACGAGAUCAAGACGGGCAAGUUCGCAGCACAGAAGGAGGACUGGCUCAAGAGCCUCGACUUCGACGACGUGGAGGCCACCGCCAUGCGUUGGGCGAGCGAGGGGAACGCCUUCGUCUGCACCCACGUGUUCCCGGAGGGUCCGCGUGCGAUCGCCGGCCAGGAGCUCGGUGGUGAGUACUUCCAGAAGGCGGCGCCGGUGAUCGAACUCCAGGUCGCCCGCGCGGGAGUGAGGAUGGCCGCUUGGCUGGACCUUAUUGCGGCGGCGCAUGCUCAAGCGACGACGGGGAGGGCCACGGGGGUUGGCAAGGGCAGCAGCAGCACCGAUGUGGGCGUCGCCGACAUGGGCUCGGAGGAAUUGUGA